GUUAAUGCUAAGAAGGGAAACUCUCGCGAAGACUUCCCGGCCAGGUGCCGGCAAAUAUGGAGCGGCCGGGCGAGAGGACAGCAUGUCCGCUGACAGGGUUGGGUGAAGAAAACGCCGCUCCGGACUCUGAGCCGCUCGGAGCGCUGGAGGGUUCGCCACCUUGGCUGCAGCCUCCGAACUCGGGCUGGGAACGAAUUCGAGAGCUCUUUCGGCGGAAUGACCAAAAGGAAUACCCAGAAGAAUCUCUGCAUAUAGUUAAAGCAGCGUUUACGGGGAGUCUUGUUGGCUUCGUCUAUGGCGGUAUACCUGGAUAUUUAAAUGCCAAAAAACAGUACAUUGAGCAAUGUGAAGGAGAACUCUAUCAUAAUCGGCUGGAUGCUGUGCAAUCUAUGCAACGUUCAGCAAUCAGGGGAUUUAUCCGAUAUGGUUGGCGGUGGAGCUGGAGAGUUGCUGCUUUUGUGGCAAUAUUCAACACAGUGAAUACUUGUUUGUCUGUAUAUCGUGGUAAAAGUACCCUUGGUCACUAUACUAUUGCUGGAGCUUGUACCGGCAGCUUGUUCAGAAUGCAGUUGGGUUUGAGAGGUCUGAUUGGAGGCAGUGUUAUUGGAGGACUCUUGGGUGGCUCUCUGGGAACAUUACUAAUGGGAUUGCAAAAAGUUUCUGGAGAAACCUUUAUUGAGAGAAAGAAAAGGACGAAAAGUGAGUUACAUGCAUUAAAGAUGGCAAAAUGGGAAGCCACCCUUGAUAUUCUUGAAGAUAUUUCAGAAGGAACAGAUAAUAUCCUACAGGAAAAAGAUGGUAGAUAAUCUUCAAAAAUUCAAGUUUAAAAAUGGACUAGAAGCCCUUUGUGGGACGGAGAGAAGUUUGAAUGCCUCUGGACACAUAAUUAAAUAUGUGCAGGUGACAACAGAACUACUUUUUGUGGCGAAAACAGUAACUUUAAUUUUUGAAAGAAAAAAAAAUAAAGGUGUAUAAAAAUAAUUCCGGGGAAUAUUAAUAUAAAACACAAAUUCUUAGAUGUACUGUUACUGCUCCCUUAAAUAUAAAAAAAAUCAGUAAAUAUACUUGAAAAACUGUGGCUUUUGUUCAGUUUAGAACCCAUAAUGUAAAAGAAGUUUGAAUCACUUAUGCCUUGAUAUGUCCCUUAUAUCAAAUCCUUAUAGCAAGCCAGUACCUCACAUUCCCAGCACUUCUUUCUGGACAGAGUGGUCUCAAACUCUAUUUCUUAGUGCCACUCCCCUUCCACCAGUGAUAAUGAACUGAGUUUAUUCUAUUUCUGCAACUAUUAUUUAGGAAAUAAUUUGAAUGAAUGUUAGGAAAAGAAAAGAAAAUAUUUCUAUGUCAGAGCAAUCUCAUCUAGCUGUUUUGACUUUCCCAUUCUAGCAAACAACCAUGAGAUGAAGAUAAAUAAAAAAAACAUUUCUCUCAAAUAUGUAAACUGGUAUUGGCAUCUAAUUAAUGCAUCAACUGAUUUUUUUGUCAUCAAUAUGUCAAGGAAGGAAACUACAUACCACAGUGAGUGAUUAUGUGAAUUAGUUCAUGGUUGUUAGGUUUGUUAUUCUUUGAGCCUAGUUCAGCUGACCCAAUCAUAUGUCAUUUGCAAGAUAAUAAUUUCAAACAUGUUUUCAGAAAUACUGCAUAAACAAUUUAAAACUGUUCUAUUAUAUGGUUGCAAUAUAAAAGUCAGCCAUUUUUGUACAUUACACUGAGUAACAUAACUAAAUCACUUUAUAUUUCAUAUAUAAUUUAAGAUGUGUUUGAAGAUUUUUGUCUAAACACAGGUUUUAGUCAAGUGCCAUUUCAUAUACAGUAUUUAAGAAGUUUAAUGUGAAAAUGCGAGAAAAAAGUGCUAGAAAAUAUUUGGGGCAGCAUAAAAAUGCAUUCUUAGAAGAGGGUUGCAGGAAAAUCUAGUUAGUUCUGAUGAAAUGACUGAUGGAAAAGGUUAUAUCAUGUUACAGCAUUGGAAGAAGAAAUGUUCUUAUUAACUGCUUUGCAGAUGAAUUUUAAUGUGGAUGUUUACUUUUUAGAAGAACUUUUUUGAAAUCAGGGAAAUUGUGGACUUCAGAAAAGCUAUUAUCUUCCAUUGGAAUCAGCUGCUUCGUAUUUUGUCAGAUGCAAAGAAUUGGACCAUUCAUGAGGUUGCAUCAUAGAAGAUUUAUUCAAGUGUAUGUACAAGAAUCUAGUCAAUUAAUGGACAGCACUAAAUUAGUGCUAGAUAAGGGUCAACAGAAUUCAACGGGAACUGGACUUGGAUCUCUUGUGGCAAUGCAAGGGCAUUAAACUGAUGAUGCAUUUAACUAUUCCCAGUCUUCUAUCCAUGUUGAAUUGAUUAAUCUAACGUGCUGGCCAUGCCCAUGCCUGGUUUAGUGAAGCGGUAAAAAGUCCUGAUACAUCACGUGACGCUGCUGUGACGACAUGAGUUUGAUACCCCUGUACUAACCGAAUAUUAUAAUUGCUCUUUAAAAUGAAAUCCAAUAAAAUUCAUUGUUUUCAUUUUUAAUUGAUCCAAAUUAUAAUCCCUGCCUUCUAUAAAAUUUUUACAUGUCUUGUAUUAAUUCUAGAUUAUUUUAUAGCACCAAAUUAAGUUACACAAUUGCUUAUGUUGUUCAGCUUUCCAUUAUAAAUAAGCAGGGUUAUUCAUGUUCAAGUUCCAUUUAAGAAAAGUUUCCAAAUUGAAAAGCUACAUUUACCUACAUAGUAGGCAUACUAUAAUUCCUAGGAAUUACCAAGUUUCAGAACAAUAUUAAUAGCCUGCAUUCUUCUGCUAAUGCAUGGAAUGACUAAGGCAUAUGAGAACAUCUCUUUAUUACACUAAACUCAUAUUUUGCAAGAAUCAGUCCACAAAGAUUAAUGAAUUUUAGACUGUUGAUUUUUUUCAGGGCACUACUUUACAGUACACGAUUAUUUUUUAAAAAAAAUCUUUCCCAAGUUAUGCUGUACUCUGGUGAUUAUAUGAAUACAAACAACAUUUUUAUCAUUUUUUUCUUGGGCUUAUAUUGUUCUCCAAUUGUUAUUUACGCCAAGUUUCCAAGCCAUCUUUUAUAAAUAAGACCAAAAACAGUUCAUACAGAAAACUAAAGAGUCAUAAAGUCAUUUUUAGUU